ACGUGGAUCGAAUCUCGCAUUACACAUCGAUCAUCAAGUGUUGUGUCUCGUUGAAAAUUUGUCAUUUUUGUGAACUGUCUUUUCGGGUCAACUAUGGCUCAAUUCGAAGCCCAUGAGAACGAUGUAACGGAACAAAUUAAAACAAUCGGGUCGAACGAACCGGCAUCGAAAGGUUGGCAAGCAUUCCAAGUCGUAUUUUGGACGUGGCUGACGGUAGUGACUGUUAUUGGGAAUUCUUUGGUGCUUCUGUGUAUUCCGUUUAAAAAGCGACGAAAUUCGUCCAUGUUUAAGUUUUAUGGGAGCCUUGCCUUGGGAGAUCUGAUCGUAGGGAUUUUUUGCGCUCCCCUUCUACUAGCAGCAGCAUGCCGCCAGCAGUGGAAGAUGGGAAACGCUCUGUGUUACGCUUACUCCACUGUGAUUUCACUGUCUCUCAACGUCUCCGUCAUGACUUUGUUUCUAAUCAGCUUAGACCGCUUAAACGCCGUUUCAAAGCCUUUCCAGUAUAGAGCAAAAGAAACCUUCACGCAGAAAUGGGCAUUAUGGCUCAUUCUCUUCACCUGGCUACAUUCCAUAUUCUGGGCCGCGGCGCCCUUGGUGGGCUGGGGAGAGAUAAUCAAUGACGAAAUUACCAACUCCUGCAAGCCUAACUGGUCAGCGAAAGGACUCAAAAAUGGUACGUACUCCAUGGGAUUAGCAGUAUUUCCCUUCGCUAUUCCUGUGUUGUCGAUGAUAGUUGUGUAUAUAAUGAUAUAUCAUAGGUCGAAAGCGAGCAAUCGUUUCAUAAGAGAUAGAUCACAGACCUUAGCCGAUGAAGAAAAAAAGCGACGAAAGCAACAAAAUGCUAUAUUACGGACAGUGUUAGUAGUCGUGGGUAUGUUUGUGUUUUGUUGGCUACCCUACACCAUCGCUACCAUGUUCAAACUGUUUUUCCGCGCCCUUCCACCCACGUGGUUAGUUCAUCUGGGUUUAAUGCUUGCCACUGCGAACAGUGCGGCUAACCCCGCAAUAUACUCAGCAUUUGAUAAGAGUAUGCGGAACGAGUUCAAGCGAAUGUUACUCAUUUGUCGCAAAAAACGGGACACGCUAGAAGAGGAUGGGGUGCGAAGUCGGCGAACCAGCUCAAACAUGGCUACGUGGAACAAUACGAUCACAAGAAUAAGCGACGAAGCUGUCAACAAGAUUAUUGAUAAGGAUACGAAGGAGAUGAACGGUAAUAAUUUACCAAGAAAACAAACGAUGACAGACUCUUACAACAAUAUGAUCGAGUUGUUCGUUAAGGACAUCGGUCAAAAAUGGGAGAACCCCUCGAGAGAGACUUGGGUAUAGAAAUCUGUGUUGUGGAUGUUUAUAUGUAAGAACACAUUUGUGAAACAGACAGGGAUCCCCGCCGGAUCCUCACGGAGCCCAUCCUCCAUUUGAUGCGCCAAUCGACAAUCAUCCGAAAUUCGCGGAAUAUUGGAGUACAUUGACUUCUCCUUAGUGUGAGCUGUCACCAUCGCGUGCGAUGUGUUUCUUUGCCCCUUGCUUCUGCAACAACUUGUAUUCAUUUUCACUUAGUGGAGAGUUACCCCAAUUAUUUUUUACGGUAUAUGCCAUUGACGGCGCAUAUAGACGAAAAACUUGCUUUCAUAUUGACGCUUUCUAUCGCGUACCAGACAGAGCUAAAACGCCUUUACGCGCAUCACGAGAUCGCGCUUGAUAAAAUUGUUGCAACACGAUAGUGGAAUUUACCAAGAAAUGUAAAGUAGCGAGGCUUUCUGUUCUUCAUAAGACGAGGGUAGAAUGAUUAAGCUUGGACCUUACACUGCAGACCGUCCUAAAACAGGAUCUCAAAAUAUAUUUUGAGCAGCACAGGUUAACCGAGAAUUAUUAGUUCAGUCGCAAAAACGAAACGGCAAAAAGCCGUAUAAGUACCCGGUUUGUCGGAGCAGUACAUUGACAUACACACAAGUUCCACAGUUCUGCCCUCGAAUCUCUGUUUUACUUACUGCAACUACUGUAAUUAAAUAGUAAAUAUAUAGUCAGACUUCAAAAUUUCACGCAGUGAAAUUUCAUAUAAAUAUAUUCUAAUGACUGUAACAAGGUUAAAGCUAACAUUGUAAAUAUUUGUUUAAAAUAAAAAUGAAGGUAUUUAUUUUAUUUAAGUCAAAAGAGAUUAUAGGGACAGAAACGACGAAUUUGUGAUACGAAGUAGAAUCAUACGGAAUUACUAGAAACAAACAAAAAAAAAAGAUUAUAAUGAUGUAUCAACUUAUCCAUUACCCUUAAAUAAAGAAAUAUUAAAUAAUGAUC